AUGACAAACCACAAUUUUGAACUUGAUUGCAAGAAAAUUCAUGAUUCUUUGGGGGGUUUGAGUCAACUGAUCCCAUCUCUGGCCUGCCUAACCUUCCUUGAAAGACAACAGCUCAAGGAGACCUUCAAGGCAGUGUAUGGAGAAGAGUUGAUAAGUCACAUUCAAAGGUAUGAAGAUGUGUUUUCUCCUUCCAUGAACUGUUCUGCCUUGUCCUGGUGGAUGCUUGAUCCACAUGACAGGGAUGCAACUGUGGCUAGAGAGUCUCUUCAACAAGAUGAGAUCAAUUUCAAGGAUCUUGUGGAGAUUUUUGUGUGUAGAAAAUCAAGCCAUGUUCUUCUCAUCACACAGGCCUACCAGAGAAUGUUCAGGAGACAGUUGGACCAAGAUAUUAUCCAUUUGGACCCUCCACACCCAUUUCAAAAGAUUCUUGUGGCAUUGGCUGCAUCACACAAAGCUCACCAAGAAGAUGUCAGCCAUCACAUAUCCAAGUGUGAUGCUAGGAGGCUCUAUGAAACUGGGGAGGGAAGCUUACGAGCAGUGGAUGAAGCUGUUGUAUUAGAAAUUUUAAGCAAGAGGAGCAUUUCCCAACUUAAGUUAACAUUUCUUAGCUAUAGACACAUUUAUGGUCAUGAUUACACAAAGUCUAUCAAGAGGGGGACAUAUGGCCAAUUUGGUAAAGCUCUAAUCCUGGUUGUGAAAUGCAUUUGUAAUCCAGCACAUUAUUAUGCAAAGAGACUGUACACCAGCAUCAAAGGGGAAACUAAAAUUUUGGCACGAGCAUUGGUAAGCAGGGCUGAGGUAGACAUAGAUGAAAUUAGAAGGGUUUUCAAGGAAAAGUACGAGAAGGAACUUGCUGAUGUUAUACGUGAAGGCCUUCCAUCAGGGGACUACAGAGACUUUCUAGUUGCCUUGGCUACAAGAUCUGAGUAG